UCAUUUUUCAUCAACAACAAAUAGAAUAACGGCAAUAGUCACUCCAACUCUAUCCUUUACUUACAUUCUUUCUCCAAUAUUCUAUCCUCUCUUUUAACGUUUCUUUCGAUUCUCCCUUUAAAAACUCUCUUCUCUUUCUGUAUAGGUAGCCACAGAAUCUUUUCUACUUCUUGGAGGUUAACCAUGUCUUCAUUCCAAGAAAUCGAAAAUUUCCAAACCCAAUCUUGGGAAGAACAUAACAUUGACCACUGUAAUGAAGAACAAAACGAUGAACAAGAGCGAGAAUUGGAAGAAGCAUUAUCGCUUUCUGACCUUCCAAUUACUACUGGAAAUCAAGAAGUCGAAGCAAAAAAUCGUCAAUCGGAAAAUCAAAACGCAGAAGAUAAUUUCGAUUCAGAUUCCGAUUUCGAUUUUGAUUUCGAUUUCGGAUCAUUAAUCGGAUCAAUGAGUACUCUAAAUGGUGAAAUGUGUACGGCCGAUGAAGUAUUCUCCGGCGGACAGAUUCUACCGUACCGGAACUCGGUUAGCUCAAUGUCCGGGUUGAGAAGCGUGUCAAGGUCCGAUUCUAUGGACCGGAGAGGAUUCACGUCAAGGAGCAGCAACAGCAGGAGCAGCAGUGUUAGAAGUCAUUACUCCGCCGCUAGUAGUAGUGGUAGUAGUAGUUGUUCAGAUAACACCGGUAUUAGUGUUAAAACUGUACCGGUGUUAUCCAAAACCAGGAUUCAAAAUCAAUUUCACUCGUUUCCGAGUCCAAAACCUCAAAUUGUGGACUCAGGUGUACGAUUUACAUCCCAUGGCUCGGCCAUCGGGAAAAAAUCGAAAAUGUGGGAGGUUUUGAAAUUAGGAUUGGUUAGGACUCCUGAGAUUGAGUUAAUUCCUCGUAAUAAUAGUAGUGGUAGUAAUACUGGUUGUAACGGUAACAAUAACAAUAACAAUAACAAUGGAGCUCGAAAGUCGAUCGAUGGAAGUCGAAUUAACGAUUUCGUAUUGGAAAUGCAGAAGAGGAAGAAGAAAUUAGUAGCAGAAAACAAAAUUGGUGAUAAUGGCGGAUUUUUUAGGAGUUGUAAGUGUUCAGUAAUGGCAAUAGAUCCAUUUCCUAUUAGACCAAAUUAUGAUAUGAAAAGUGGUUAUUAUGGAAAUAGACAAAAGAAUUCACCAGGAAAAUAUGGUUUAAAUGAAGACAAAAACGUAGCAAAAAAGAAAGUUGAGCAGCUACAACAAGAACAGGGAAGAAAUAGCCAAAUCCGACAAGGAAAACAGGUCAUUUCACAUCAUCAUAAUCGUACAUUUGAAUGGUUAAAAAAUCUUUCUAAUUCAACUCUUCUAAAUACUCAUUCUUAAGGGUAGGAAUAAAUUUUAAAGAUAAUUUCAUUUUGAAGAAAUUAUGAUUCUUCCAUAAGGCCAUUUACGCAUGCAUUUUUUAUAAUUUUAAAUGUGUAUUUUAUUUUUUUAUUAGUUUUGUCCUUUGUUCAAGAGAUGUAUAAUAUCCUAGUCUAGUAGUUAAAAUGUAUUUUUUGUUGUAUAUUUUGUCUUUAAUUUGAAAUGUACUCCUCAUCUCUAUGAGGUUGUUAUUUGGUAGGAUGACCCAAGUUAAAAAAUGUUAUUUGAAUGAGUAUUUAGUAGAUUAUUACGGAUAAUGUUAUGUUUUUUAAUGGGAUAAUUCUAGAUUUUGAUGUAAUAAAGUAAAAU